AGCCGCAAAAUACAAAAAUCGCUGCAAGUGCAACAGUGAAGACAUUUCCCAUGUCUUAAGAUUCAAUUACACCAUUUUAGAGACCAAGCGAACAAGCGAAAAAUAUUAUACUCAAUUUUCAACUCAGUGAAGUGAAGUGCCGGACAUUUGUAUUUGUUGUUUUCGCCUCUUAAGGAACUCUUAAGAAAGGAUAAACUCAAUUUCACAUUGAUUGGAUAAUAAAUAAAGUUCAGAUUCAAUUUCAUUGACAUGCAUUCACAUUUAACCCUGCUACUAGUCCUGGCAAUAGCCACUGGCCUGGCCCAGGGAGCUGCCACAGGAGCUCCCUCAGCCACGGCUACCACUGCCCAGCCGAAAGGAUUCUCUGCACGUUCCCUGAAUGUGAAUGAUGCGGCUGGUGCGGACGAAGAGGACGACUUUGAGACGCAGGCCCAAACACAUCUGGCAUACAGGCAGCAACAGCGACCCCUCUACGAAUACAGCGAGGAGGAGCAGGAGGAGCCGGCGCGCCAGGUGUAUAUAAAUCGGAAACAGCAGCAGCAACAACAACAUCAACAAAACAACUACUUAAAAAGUCAAAGCCAACUCAAGAAACCACUGAGCGAGGAGAGCGAAGAGGAGGAGGAGGAAGAAGUGGAAGAGCCCGAUCGUCUGUCGACAUUGCUAAGCAAGUCAUCCUUUACCUGCAAUGACCGUAACUCUGGUUACUACGCCGAUGAGUCAUUAAGCUGUGAGGUCUUCCACUAUUGUCAGGAAAAUCAGAAGCAUUCGUGGAUCUGUCCAGAGGGAUUUACUUUCCAUCAAAUCCAUUUAAUCUGCAUGCCGCCAUCGCAUGACAACAUUUGCAAGCAAUCCUCCAAAUACCACAUUGUCAACGAUUACCUGUACAAGCCGAUCAAUCUUCAGGAGCACCAGAGCAAGCCCAAUGUAACCUUGCGCUACUCCGAACGCUAUUUCCCUGAGAACUACUACGAACACGAGCGUUACGAUGACGAGGAGGAGGAGGAUUUGCCCCCAGCCAGGCCAAGAGUGCAACAGCAACAACAGCACCGUCAAGUGGUGGCUUAUCAACAGCCGCAGCAUCAGGCCCAGUCUCAGUCGCAGGCGCAGCACGUGCCCCAAGUGCGCGUUCAGUAUCAACCUCAGCCACAACAACAGGUUGUCACCCAGAUCCGUCAUCAGUCACAGCCACAACCCCAGCCCACCACUUUGGCUUAUCGUAAACCUCUGCCCGCUACCACCAUCCAGCCACAGUUGCAAUUGCAUCACCAGCAGCUGCAUCAUGCCCAGAUCCAACCACAGCGGCCGCAGACAGUGGCGCCAACCGUAACGCCGACGCCAUAUCGCUUCUUCACAGCCGCCCCCCAAUUGCAGCAUCUGCAACAGCAACAUCAGCAGGUCUUCCGCACGCCCGAGGAAAUAAACAUUUCGCUGCAGCAACGCCGACCGCAGGUCUUUAUAGCCACAACGCCGCGUUACUAUGAGGAUGAGUAUCUUUAUGAGCGAAGGAAGUAAAUGAAGAGCAACCAGUCUUGUCGCCCCCCUUUUCUGUCCAUCGUCCACUUUUAGCUUUACUCCCCCUUUCCAUCACCCUGGGUGGAAUUAUAGCGCGAGUUUUGUGUACCUAUUUUGUAAUAUUUAAUAUCCUGCUAGAAGAAUCCUCCUUCUAACUGAAUUUGUUAAUAAAGAAAGCCACAUUAAGUUAACA